UCCCCACUCUUAGCGCAUCUGCUAGGCUCUGGACAGAACGAUGUGAGGUUGCGUGGAGAACAUAGCAAUACUGGUGCAGGUUUUUCAGCAUUUAAUGUAGUGUAAAUUAGACUUACUUUGAAAAGUAAUUGAAUGUACUUUAUUUUCAACGGGAAAAUGAUAUACCACGUAAAGUAAAAUAUUAGUAAUUAUCCGUCAUAACCUAUUUAGUUGAAUUAGUUGUAUUAUGGGAGUGCGUUCAUUUGUCACGCUUUAUGCGUGUGCACACGUAUGUUUAUUUGUUUGCAUACCGCAAACUGUCCAAUCUCAGCGGAAUCCACCAGAGACAAGGCCAGGAAAUAACCAAGCCGCAGGUACAUUACGGCAGACAAUACAAUGGGCGCACAACGGUAAAGUUUUUAGCCUUCUGAGUCACGGCUCGGAAUAUCGACCACCAAAGCAAAGAGGCGCCGAUAAAGAGCAAGCCCAGGAGAGACCUGUCACCAUCAUUAGCGAUGGGGAAGCCAACAAACCCUCUGAUUCAUCGAGACCGCUUCCCUCAUCUAUUCACACAGUGUCCGGCGCAGGAGCGCGCCCGCGCUGGAUACCACCUCGAGUUCCAAGGCCCCCUAGGGGACAGGGGCACCAGCAUCAGGAUGCCCAUCCAAUUGGCCAUGCAGAAACGAAGGCAAAUGGCACGACGAAUGGGACACAGGACAAACCGUCCCCAUCGCCGAGAAGAGAAGACAUGAUGGCAGGGGAUGAUCCUUACAACCCAUACAAGACCUCAGAUUCAGAUAAUCCUUACUACAAUUACUAUGACGUGUACGAGAGUCCCAGACGCAGAGAGAGACCUGGAUAUGGCACAAGGUACCAUCAGAACGGUCUGCCUGAUCUUGUGCCAGAUGCAUACUAUGUUCAAGCCUCUGCAUAUGUCCAGAGAGUUCCUAUGUACAACCUCCGAUGUGCAAAUGAAGAGAACUGCUUGUCAAGUUCAGCCUACAGAGCAAGAGACUAUGACACCCGCAUGCUUCUGAGGUUCCCACAACGUGUGAAGAACCAGGGGACGGCUGACUUCCUGCCAAGCAGACCGCGCUACUCCUGGGAAUGGCACAGUUGUCACCAACAUUACCAUAGCAUGGAUGAGUUCAGCCACUAUGACCUGCUGGAUUCUGGUGGGAGGAGUGUGGCUGAGGGACACAAGGCCAGCUUCUGCCUGGAGGACAGCUCCUGUGACUACGGCUACUACAGACGCUUCGCUUGCACCUCACACACCCAGGGCCUGAGUCCAGGAUGUUAUGAUACCUAUAAUGCAGACAUCGACUGCCAGUGGAUUGAUAUUACAGAUGUGAAACCUGGGAACUAUGUCCUGAAGAUCAGUGUGAACCCCAGCUAUCAGGUUCCAGAGUCUGACUACAGCAACAACAUUGUGCGCUGUGAGGUCCGCUAUACUGGCAACUACGCCUAUGUGUCAGGAUGUCAUGUCUCACACUAUUAAGAAGGGGAUGUCACUCUCCAAACCACUGAGAAGCAAUUCUGUGAAAACUCCAUAGCAGCAAAUGACAGCCAAUUCCUUGUACAAAUUUGUGGAUAAAGCACACAUGGAUAACUGCAAUUAUGUAAAAAUGGCCAUACUCUUACCAAAUUGACAGUUGACCAAUUUUUCCGGUUAAUGUAAAAUUAAAAACUCUAAGGUUCAUUUUAUUCCUAAAUUAAGCAUGUUUUUGUAAAGCCAUUCUGUAUGUUCAAUGAGGAGGUAAUAAAAUCUGGAUCUAAUUACUUGAUAGGUUUAGAAUUAAAAGUAUAGCCUCUAUAUUACAUAGCCUAUAGUUGGUUUUUAAAGGUCUAAACCAAAUACAUUGAAUUUCAGAUGUUAAAACCCCACCAAAAUUUGAAAUGGCUUGUUUUUUACAUAUCGAUACAAUUUUCUUUAACCAUGGCUUAUUUCCCUCAUCGUUGUAUGUGUUUUACAUCAGACAUAUCAUCCCUUUAAUCCAUUCUUUCGAUAAUUAUUCACAUUUGCUUGCUAUAGCUUGUAUGUUUACAACUCAAGUUCAAUGUCACUUUAGAUUUUUUUUAUGACCUUAAGGGGUUGGAAAUUGGUAUAUAUUAGCAGUACACAGAUGAAUUUUUUGUAGGCCCAGGAAUCAACUUCCAAAAAUGAAAUUUUGCAUGAAAUUAGUUAUAAAUAUUCUCUCAGUCCCAUUGCAAAAUGUGUAGAAUUGCAGCAAACUUUGCUUUAAAACUGCAACAUUUUCUCUACGCCCCAUGGCAAAAUGUGUAGAAUUGCAGGAACUUAACUCUAAAAUGUGUCCUCUGUCAAGAGGUGGGCCACUAAAAUGUUUUGCUCACAAGUUGCCCAUCCCUGAGUAAAAGUAUUGCCCAUAUAGUACUGGAUACUGUACAUACUGUGCCUGUGCUCUGAACCAAAUAUUCCAGCAGAAUUAGGAUUCAUUUGUUUUGUGAAAUGCUUUUACUUAUGGUUAGUCUGCUAGCUAUCUCUUUUGUCCUGUUUUGUUUGAUAUUUAUGCAAUGAAAAAGCUCAUAUAACUGCACCGUUUUGAUGUAUUCCAGGAAAUCUACUUGAAUAAAUCAUUGUGACAUUCA